GGGAGCGAAACGCAGAUCAAUGAACUCGGCUAAAUAAACUGGUCGGUGAAUCGAAAUUGGGAUUGAAUCAGGGUUACAUUGUCACAGGGAUUGGCACAGUGUGUUUUAAAGAGGAAACAAGAAGUAACCACAACACCCCGGAUUACUGGACAAUAACCUUCAACUCUAUCUGGAAUAGAGUAGGCUACGAGUCACACUUUUCUGCCAAGCCAAGCUUUUUGGAUAUAAAAAAACAUCUGCGUGUCGGGGCAACUGGAAAUUAUAGGAAUGAUCUUUGCAAAUACAGUCAACCCUUUGAGGACGACAUAUCGCAAGCAGCAACCAUUUGCUCUAAACCCACACCCAAUGGCUCCCCCCAGCCCCAGUACUAACAGCAGCACCAACCACAGCAGUAGCAGCAGCAAUGCAGGAUGGGACCAGCUAAGCAAAACCAACCUCUACAUCCGAGGGCUGCCACCAGCCACCACUGACCACGAUCUGGUCAAACUCUGCCAGCCGUAUGGCAAAAUUGUAUCAACAAAGGCAAUCCUGGAUAAGACAACAAACAAAUGCAAAGGUUAUGGUUUUGUGGAUUUUGACAGUCCAGCUGCUGCUCAGAAAGCUGUUUCUGCAUUGAAGGCAACUGGUGUCCAGGCCCAGAUGGCAAAGCAACAGGAACAAGACCCAACAAACCUGUAUAUUUCCAACUUGCCUCUUUCUAUGGAUGAACAAGAGCUAGAAAGUAUGCUUAAACCUUUUGGGCAGGUCAUUUCUACUAGAAUAUUACGUGAUUCUAAUGGUGCAAGUAGAGGUGUUGGCUUUGCAAGGAUGGAAUCAACGGAGAAGUGUGAAGCAGUCAUUUCACAUUUUAAUGGGAAAUUCAUUAAGACACCACCGGGAGUCCUUGUGCCCAGUGAACCCUUAUUAUGCAAGUUUGCAGAUGGCGGACAAAAAAAGAGGCAAAAUCAAAACAAAUACAUUCAGAAUGGCAGAGCAUGGCCGAGAGAGGGCGAGGUGAGACUUGCUGGAAUGACCCUGACAUAUGAUCCAACUACAGCUGCUAUGCAAAAUGGAUUUUAUCCUUCACCAUACAGUAUUGCAAACAGGAUGAUUGCUCAGACUUCUAUUGCACCCUAUAUAUCACCCGUUUCAACAUAUCAGGUACAGACUCCUUCCUGGAUGCCUCAUCAACCGUAUAUCAUGCAGCAUCCUGGAGCGGUACUAUCACCCUCUAUGGACCACACAAUGUCAUUACAACCAGGAUCAAUGCUAAACCCACUGACACAACAAAUGAGUCAUCUUUCACUGGGCAGCACAGGAACGUUUAUGCCUGCUACAGCAGCUAUGCAAGGCGCUUAUAUUCCCCAGUACGCUCACAUGCAGACCGCAGCUCUUCAAGUCGAGGAAAACAGUGUUCGGCAACAAGUGGAGUCAUCCAAUGAGCAUUCUCCCUACACGUACCAACAGAACAAGUAAUACAGAUGUGCAAUGAUAACCGAGAAGUGCAAAGACUGAAACAAUCAUGGCUUCUUCUGUUUGACCGUGCUUUAAGAACGUGUCGACAUUUUGCGCAGGUUCUGCAAAGAUUACGUUUUGUUUAUAAUAAAAAAUCAAUUGAAGCUAUUUUUGGUAUAAGUUGUAUGAGGUGCAUAGAAGUGCUUACUUUCCUCAAAAAGAUGCAAAUUCUCAAAAAUAGUUUUAUUUUAAUAAGAAAGUUUAUUUUUACCAAGCAUUGUCACAUUGACACAAGAACUCUAUGUGAACAGAAGACCGUGUGACAUAACUUAAGGUGCAUGACAUGAAAGAUUUUUUUUUUUAUUAUUAUUAUUAUUUGUGAUGAAUUUUUCUUUUGUAUUGUGUUGAGAUUUUUUCUGAUGUUUUAUUAGCCAAACAUCUUUAAAAAGAUGUUCUGUGCUUGCUGUGUGAGUGUUGCUAUGGUGAAGUGUUACAUGUCGUUUCUUGUUAAGUGUUUUCAGUGUAGAUUGAUCUGUCCUAUACAAUUUGCCUUAAUUUUUUUCACACAAUAACUGUAUAGGCAACUAUUUAGAAUAGAUAAGCAAGAAUAAGUUGAAAAGAAAUGCCUUGUAAAUCAGCAACUUAGGGCUUUUUUAGUAUAUUGCUAAGUCAGUUUGCUAAAUCUUUUGGUUUCUAUUGUUUUAGGUGUUUUUAAUGUUUUUUUCCACUGAUCUCUGCUGAAUACUAAUGGCAGUAGAACUUUAGAGAAUAGAAAAAAUGUUCUGAGUGAAUCACAUUUUCUGAAUCUGAUGGGAUUUUAAUUGGUUGUAAUGUUUGUAAUUAUCAGAAGCCUGAAACUUCUGGUUGUUUUGAAUGAGUUUGAAUUCUGCUGAAUGAUUUACAUUUAAAAAAAAAAAAAAAAAAAAAAAAAAAAAAAAAAUCUUGCCUUUUUUUAAACUAACUUGAUGUUGUAGUUUUAGCUUAAGAAACAGAUAGUGUGGGGGGAUUGGGGGGUCUGUCAAAUUGACAGGAUGUUUUUUAUUUUUUUUUUAUUUUUUUGUCUUUUGCUUUAUAAUUAAAACAAUACUUAGAUUAUUGAUUGUUCAAAAACUAGCAAACAAAAAUCAUGACUUUCAAGGCAACAAUGGCAAAAGCUAAAUGAUUUUUAGUUAAGGAAAAGCUGAGAGAUUAACACAUAGAUAGAUGCUAGCUCCCCUUUAAGGGGAAAACAAAAGACUUUGAAAAAGUUAACUUCACCAAAGAACUGUGAGUUAGCAGCAAAUCCAGAAAGGGCGGUUUACUCUCAGAAUUUGCAGUUUAUGUCAUUGUUUAUUUUUUGACAGACCAGUUUGCAGUUAGGAGAAUGUGCCUUUUUUUUUUGUUCUAGUUUUAUUGAUGUACAGUAUGGACAUACACAAAAAAAAAAAAGCAUGAAGGAAGAUUUUGAUCCAAGCAGUGCCACACUUACUACGUCAUCACUACAGAAACGUAACACAUAAAGGAAGAAAAACAAUUUGAAACUAUGAAAUGAUUUCUUAAAAAUAAUAAUGAUCUGCAUUUCACAUUUUAAAACAGCUGGGUUUUCUUGUUUUUUUUUUUUUUUUUUUAAUGAAAGCUUUAUAAUUUUAAUCAUAUUUGCCUAAAAACAUGAUAUGAAUUACGUUGUCUUCCAAGAGACUGUUAUUUACCUGGUCAGCCAAGACUGAUUAGUUAUCUACCUCAGAAUUUUCGUUAUCUUUAAUAUUGGGACGGGUUUGCUGGACCUGCCUGUUUCCACAGACCAAACUCUCCCAGCUCAGGAGCUGGGCUUAAACAAGUUGUUUCAGGGGAUAUUGUUUUCUUCAAAAUUUUUUACUUUUUUUUUUUUUUUUUCUUUUUAAUAGGAAUAUUGUAUGUGAGCACAUUUAGUUGUUUCCAGGCCUUCAGUUUCAUAGUUUCAAAAGUAAUUGCUGCUUUCAUUGAUAUGUAGUAGAUUCCAGUAGUUGAUGAAGUCAAGAAAUAAUCCAAAAGUUGUGGUAUUACUGGAUCUUUGCUUCCUAAAAUAUUGUUGCUUUGAGUCCAGACAGACCUGCAGCAGCUUCACGUUUGUUUGUUUUACCAUGUAUGAACUGUAGACACAUUUGAUUUCUACAAUAUAUAUUGACUAAGACUGAAACAUAAUACUGAAAACACCUGUGUGGAGUUUUGCUGCUAGUGAUGUCUGAACUAAGUGCCAUACUCUGUGUCUGGGUAAGAGUUUGGAAAAUAUGCCUGUAGAUAAAUAAAUCCUUUAAUUAAACAUUGCAUACUAGACAGCCAUUAAAUUAUACAAAAAAUAAAUAAUUUAUGAAGAGAGACCUUUUGUACAGAUUGUUUGAAGAAAAAAAGAUUUUCAUAGAGAUGUCUAUAUGAUCAGGAGAGUUAAUUUCUUUUAUUUUUUAUUAUUUUACAUGUGCCAUGAACUUACCAGUGGUAACUUGUAUGUCCAGUUAAAGAACUCUUUCUGUACUUAUGUUUUCUAAAACUUGUUAAAGCCAAAAAGACAUUUGUGAACUGUAAAAAAAAAUAAUUCGAUUGUUUUAAGGUUUUUUUUUUUUUUUUG